CUUACCAUAUCCACGGCCAUGGCCCCAGCACUGAACCAUCCUGCUGGCGUCUCCUUCGUGGACGACGAGGCCCAUGCAGGCUCCCACCAGGUCGACGCUGCAGCCUACUAUGGCAAAGCUGAGGUAUAUUCGCGGUCGCGCACCUAUAGCCAGUCCCACCUCCAUGGCUACAACCCGAAGAAAGCCCCUGCUUUCGAGGAGGACUCCCAUUUCCGCAAGCGAAGAAUGUCGCACGACGAGAAGAGCUCUGCACCAAGACGGUUCCUCAUCGACGUUGAGGAGACUAUUCGAGUUGUUCUUGAACAGGAAGACACAGAUGGCGACUUCCAAAUCAGUGUUACCGACGCGGGCCCGAAGCUCAUGGCAUUGGGGACGGCAACGAGCAAUGGGUUCAAGACGUUUGAUAUUCGCGGCACGUAUAUGCUAUCCAACCUCCUCCAAGAGCUCGCUCUCGCCCGUGACCACAACAGGAAGCGUAUUGUGCUCGACGAGGCAAGGUUGACCGAGAAUCCCGUGGACCGUCUCUCCAGAAUGAUCAGAAAUUCAUUUUGGCAUGCGUUAACGCGGAGAAUCGAUGGCGAUGGGCUGGAGAUCAUUUGUGCAGACCCCAAGAAUCGCACUGGGAGAGUCAAUCCGAGGAUUUACGUGCCCUACGGGGAGCCCGCGAUGGCCGAGUACUACAGACAGGUUGCCAAAAACAAACCCCAUCUCAAUCUCGAUGUUCAAGUACUCCCACAAAAGCCGGACGACCCUGCAUUUGUCAAGAGUUUGAACUCGAAACCUGGCAUUCUGGCUUUGGCCAUGAAGUCGGUGGAUGGGACUUUAAAGGGCAUCCCAUUCAUUGUACCUGGCGCGAGAUUCAACGAGCUUUACAACUGGGACUCGUAUUUCAUCACUUUAGGCUUGCUCGUCGACGGACAGGUUUCGAUGGCGCAAGGCAUGGUUGACCACUUCAUCUUCGAGAUCAAGCAUUAUGGCAAGAUCCUCAACGGGUCGCGCUCAUAUUACCUUUGCAGAACCCAGCCACCAUUCUUGACCGACAUGGCUCUCCAAAUUUACAACCAACUCGAUCGAUCGGAUCUUGCCGCCAAUCGCGCCUGGCUCAAACGCGCAAUUCAAGCAGCAAUUAAGGAGUACCACACCAUUUGGGUUGCGCAGCCCCGAAUCGAUCCCAAAACAGGCUUGUCGCGCUACCGCCCAGACGGUCUCGGUAUUCCACCCGAAACAGAGGCAACACAUUUUACGCAUAUUCUCGAGCCCUACGCAGCUAAGCACGGGUUGUCGGUACUCGAGUUUAGCGAGAAGUACAACGCUGGAACCCUGAAAGAACCGGAUUUGGACGAAUACUUUUUGCACGACCGUGCUGUUCGCGAGAGUGGCCAUGACACCACCUAUCGAUUCGAGAAACGGUGUGCAAAUCUUGGGACAAUCGACCUGCAAGCCCUGCUUUACAAGUAUGAGGUCGACAUUGGAACCGCCAUCCGAGAGGUUUUCGAUGACGAGCUUGAAAUGGAAGAGGACUUUGGCCUCGCACCAUUCCCGCCGACACCAGAGGCGUAUGCCCGAAAGGAGCGGGAGAGCAGCAUUGCUAGGCCACAGACUAGUGCUGAAUGGUUCGAACGGGCCAAGUGGCGUCAGGGUAUCAUCGACAAGUACUUGUGGAACGAGGGCAAGAGCCUUUACUUCGACUACGACACAGAGCACGAGACUCAAAUCCUCUACGAGAGUGCAACUUCGUUUUGGCCAUUGUGGGCGGGCUGUGCCAGCGAGGAGCAGGCAUGGGCUCUUGUCACAAAGAGUCUGAAGAAGUUCGAAGUGCUUGGUGGACUUGUGUCGGGAACCGAGGAAUCUCGUGGCAAGAUUUCGCUCGACAGACCCAAUCGGCAAUGGGACUACCCUUACGCGUGGCCACCACAUCAAAUCAUGGCUUGGGUUGGCCUUGAACGAUAUGGGUAUCUCGAUGAAGCCCAACGGUUGGCGUACCGAUUCCUCUACAUGAUGACUACGGCGUUUGUCGACUUCAAUGGUGUUGUCCCCGAGAAGUUUGAUGCAGUACGACUGUCGCAUCUCGUCGACGCUGAAUACGGCAACCAAGGUAUCGACUUCAAGAUGGUGCCACGAGAAGGCUUUGGAUGGAUGAAUGCUGCCUACCAAGUUGGCCUUUCUUUCCUCACAACCCACAUGCGCCGCGCAGUUUCAGCCUGCACUUCUCCAGAAGUCUUCUUUAGUGGCUCGGGCGGUGUGGGUGAAGCGGCGCUUUUGACCAGUAACUUGCCCUCCACGGACCCGCUUGGCUUGGCUAUGGAGGCGCUCAGCGUCUAA